AUGGAAAGAAAACCAGAAUGGCUACAAAAACAUAUAUUUGGAAACGAGCUUAUUCCAUAUGGACAGGCACUGUUUGAAGAGCUUGAACCGGAAACUCAGGAAAGAGUCAUGCAAACAAUACGCAAAGACUCAAAUACAGACUAUGACAAACUCUUUCUAGGAUAUAGGUUACCUGAGAUGGGCGACCAGAGCCAAAAGGCAAAAAGGACAUGGGAAAUUUGCAACAUACUAGAUGAACAUAAUGCAAAGAUGCAACAACUUCAAGCAGAGGGCAAUGAAGGAAAAAGAAGAGUUAAAAACUCAGUCAGGAAGAAAGUAAAGCUUGGUCCACGUGGGUUCUAUUAUGACAUAUAA